CUUAUUGGACUAAGUUUUGAUUUCACUUUGUUUUGCUUUUCUGGUUAUUCGCACUAAACUUCCAAUUGGAAUAUUUGUUAGCGAGAAAAUAAAGUAAAACCAUAACAUAACUGGGCCCAACUAAGAUCGUUAUCGUUAUCGAAGAUCUUCGUUUCCCAUUGAUUAAGAUUAAGUCAAGAUUGGCCAGGCUCAUUCUUGUUUGAAUUGCCGUGAGCAUCGCAUGAACAAGUGAUGAAGCGAACAAUGAUCAAUCCCCAACUUUUGCUGAUCGCCGCGCUUAUUGCGCUUAUUGGGAAAGUGGCACGCGCUCAAAUCGCCUUUGUUGAGGAUCAAGACAUUGAUAAGAAGAAGGCCAACCUUGCGGGUCGCAAGCCACUUUAUUCGCCAGCCCGAUGCCCCAAGCACCAGCUUCUUUAUCCGGGGGACCAGCAGAAUCAGAACGACUGGGUCUGCGACUGCGCGCCAGCCACACUGUAUUACCCAGAGACCGAUGGCUGCUAUCCGGCCUACCGACAGGGACCCUGUGAGGCUGGACAGAUUCUGGUGCUCUACAAGGAGGAGAUCAUCCCGAAGUGCGUCCGGAAUCCAUGUAACAGGGACGGACACUUUAUGAUUCGCGACACAUGCUAUGAGUUCGGAAACACCAAGAAGGAAGAAAACCCGUGCCCUUACCAGGAGGCUUCCUUUGUACUUGGCGUGAAUCCCACCAACUUGAUGGUGGACUGUGUGAAGCUGUCCGUUCACCUGGAGACGCGUAUUUCAGACACGGAGCAGGCUCCGCCGGAAUACUACGUCGAUUUGGCCGAGAAGUGCUCCCGCGGCAGUCGCCUAAUGGCUCAGGGAAAGUGUCCUUAAAGGAUUUUAACAUUACGUUACAAAUUAUGUGCUUAAAUGUAUUGUGUUCUGUUUGGUGGUGUAGAGCCCAGUGAAGAAUAACGAAUUUGUUCCAUGUUUAUAACAGAUAUAAUAUGAUUACAUACCAUUUCUCAAAAUGAAA